AUGCCAAGGAAUGGGAAUCCUAAAGAGCCACUACAAGUUCAUUUUGGGUUCUAUGUGGAGAGUUUGGGAAACUUCCGGGCUACAGAAAUGACCUACGACAUGGAUAUGUAUCUUUAUAUGAGUUGGCAGGACGAUACAAUGAAACAUAAUGGGUCUGAACAUGUUUUGGUGAAUGAUAAGGAUGUUCUGGACAAAAUUUGGCUGCCGGAUUUGUACUUUGCCAACGCCAGGACUGCUUAUUUUCACAAGGUCACCGUUCACAACUUCAACAUGUUCAUUUCUCCGCAAGGAACAGUAUCCUAUGGUACCAGAGUCACCCUGAACCUGGCGUGCAAUUUGGAUUUGAAGGAUUACCCACUGGAUUAUCAAACUUGUUAUAUUAAAGUUAUCAGUUAUGCUCAUGUAAAAAACGAGAUGAAUGUCACCUGGUUUCCCAAUGACCCAAUCCGCUUCAACCCUGAAAUCGAUCUACCCGAAUUCCAUAUCCGCGCGCUGGACAAGGAUUACUGUAAUGGAGUAUUCCUCUACACACUAACUCAUAAUUCAUCGCGAGUUGGCGAGUUUUCAUGCCUUCUGGGAAUGCUGAAACUAAAAAGAGCAAUUGGAUUUCAUUUAGUACAAAGUUAUAUUCCAACAGCGUUGAUUGUCGCAAUUUCAUGGGUUUCGUUUUGGAUUGAUAGACGGGCGGUGCCGGCGAGAGUCAGCUUAUCAUUUACCACAUUGCUUACGUUGAGUACACAGGGUAAUGGAAUCCGGUAUGCUCUUCCUGCAGUUUCAUAUGCAAAAGCUAUUGAUUAUUUCUAUGGAGUUUGUAUGCUAUUCAUCUUUGGUGUCCUUCUGGAGUUUGCCAUGGUCAACAGCUAUAUGAGAAGAGCCAACAAGUACAAUCAUAUGGCUGAAAAGAUUCAGAGCGCUUAUGGUGGAAAACCAAUCAUUGCAGCGGACUACGAUUCGGAUUACGAGGAAGGACCCACCAAGUACUACGGGAAUCUCAACAAAAACUCGGCGCAUCUGAUGUACAAAGCGCUGAAAUUCUCUCGAAAAGCCUUAUCAAUUGAUAAAGCCGCAAGAUUUGCAUUUCCAUGUGUCUUCGCAAUAUUCAACGUCUUCUACUGGAUGUAUUAUUUACGGGAACCGCCGUUGAUGGAUUAA